AUGGCUUCUGAGCUUGUGAAUGAGUACUUUCACGAUAACGCUCCCUCUAGCCAAGAUGACUGGAGCUUGAUAAUGGGCGCUCCGAUGAGCCAGUUUCCACUUACGAUUCCGCACCCCAUGGGGCAGGGAGUAGGGUAUAGCGCAGGAUCCACUGUUCCCGGCGGCUCCGAAAUGGGUGCCAUCAACGCCUUCACGGCUCCAUCUGCAAUGAACGGAGCCGCGGACUGGCGAGAAUCUUUCGAAUCUGUGCUACAGACGUUGGCCUCUCCAUUGGCUCACCAGUACACCAACAGCAAAGAAACUCCCCAGUUAGCCAGGUUCUUGCGGAAGAUCGUCCCCAAAUUGCGCAUGGGCUGCUCCCCAGGAUAA